GCGUUCAGUAUCAUUUUCCAAUUGGCGCUGGUUCACCGCCGUCGGUCCGACAGUUUCCGCAGCCAGUCGACAGCCGUCAGUCGCAGCAGCACCAGCACCAGUACCAGCAGCAUCGGUCACCGCGCAGCAACAACUGUUACAACUCGUACGCGUUUACCCGGUUGCUGCGAUCCCCGAAAAAGUCCGUCUCCACGUGUGUGCGUGUAGUCGGCGACCAUUAGUACCAAACACCAAUCGGCCGCCGCCGACACCACUACCGGCUAUACCCUUUCUACCUCACGUACCGGUACAACUGCCGUGACUCCGCCGCCGUUUUACUGAUAUCAACGCUGAUAACUCGACGUGGUUCUCACAUGACGGCAAUGACAGAGUAAACAGUGCGUCGAGCGGUUUCCAGUAGUUAUUUCUUUUUUUUUUUUUUUUUUAACCCUUUUUUUCGUUUUUUUUCCCCAUUCGUUUUUAAUUUUUAUUUUCACCAAAGUCCACUAGUCUUUAGUCCGUUUUUCCCUUUUUAUCUCCGAUUCUGUAACCUUAUUGUAUCUUAACCGGUGCAGCGAAUCGCUUCCAUUUGUUUCAAUUCGUCUCUCAACACCUGUUGUACACUGAUCGUAUUUCAUCCAUUCUAUUCACUCGUCGCUUAUUAGAUACUUUUUUUUUAAUUCAUACCUACCAGUAGGUAUUCAACCACUACAUUGCGGAUCAAAUCCAUAUUUUCAAUAUGCAACCAUUCUUAUUGUAUACAUCAACUGCUCAACUCAGUUCCUACUACCAUAUUUUACCAUUAUAAUCGUGUGUCUAGGACGAUUUAGUUUGACGAAAAGUAACGUUAACAACUUCUUUCCUUCUCUUGAUAAUUUCCUCACCUAACCGUUCGUCCAUUAAUGCCUACUGUCAUGUCGUCAACAACCAACUCCGUCCCUUAUGGCAUACAGAUUCUACAAAAACUGUUUGACAAGUUUCCCUCAAACCACAACAUCAAUCGCACUAAUUUGUACAAAUAUAGUGUUCUUAUUUUAACAUUCAUCACUUAUGCAGCUUACCACGCAUCUCGAAAACCUAUUAGUGUUGUCAAAACGGUGUUGUACCAAAAUUGUUCUACAGUUAAUCAUACGGACCCUGAUUGGUGUAAUUGGGCACCAUUUAAUGCGGAAAAUCAUAAUGCUUUAUUUGGAACAUUGGAUUCAGCAUUUCUUUUUGCUUAUGCAAUAGCAAUGUUUUUUAGUGGAUUAAUUGCGGAGCAUGUCAACAUACGGAUUUUUCUUACUCUUGGAAUGAUUUUAUCUGGUACAGCUUGCUCAAUGUUUGGAUUCGCCCGUAUUUACAAUAUACAUUCCAUUACUUAUUUUAUUGCUGUCCAGAUAUUUGGUGGUAUCUGCCAAACUACUGGAUGGCCAGGUGUUGUGACUGCAAUGGGUAAUUGGUUUGGCAAAGGAAAUCGAGGAUUUAUAUUUGGAAUUUGGAAUUCUCAUACAUCGAUUGGAAAUAUCAUUGGUACUUUACUUGCUGGAUCAUUCGUUGAAACUAAUUGGGGAUUAUCAUUUAUUGUUCCUGGAAUAUUUAUAAUUGUAUCUGGAAUCCUGAACUUUUUGUUCCUUGUUGUUCACCCAUCUGAUGUAAAUGGUGGCUCACAUUUAAAUCAAAAUACUCAAAAUGGUCGUAAGACCGUAAUGAAAAAUGGAAUACGAAGACAAUCUCCUCGUUAUGAUUAUAAUGUACAAGAAGAAAAUGAAAUUUUGAAGGGCAGCUCAGAAGAGAAAAAACCCAGCACUUCCCCACAAGAGGUGUCUAUACCUCUUGGAGAUAUAUCAUCUAAGGAGUUGUCAUUGUUACCUUCUAACAAGGACGAAGUAAAAGAAAAAACUGAAGGAAGCCCAAUUCUUUCACCCCAUGGUUCACAACAAAAAGCUGUUGGUUUUAUCGGUGCUAUCAAAAUUCCUGGUGUUAUUGAAUUCUCAAUGUGUUUAUUCUUUGCUAAACUAGUCAGUUACACUUUCCUAUAUUGGUUACCAAAUUAUAUUAAGUAUUCUUCUACAUAUAGUCCAUCGGAAAGUGCAGAUUUAUCCACCUUUUUUGAUGUUGGUGGUAUUUUUGGAGGAAUAGCUGCUGGAAUAUUCAGUGACAUGUUUGGGAAAAGUGCAUGUACAUGUGCAGUUAUGUUGUUUUUGGCUAUUCCAUCAUUGUACACCUACAAUUUGUUGUCUUCAGUUAAUGUGUAUAUAAAUAUUGCUAUGUUAGCUCUUGCUGGUGGUUUAGUUAAUGGACCAUAUGCACUGAUUACUACUGCAGUAUCUGCAGAGUUGGGAACACACAGUUCUUUAAAAGGAAAUGCGAAAGCAUUGUCUACUGUCACAUCUAUUAUUGAUGGUACUGGAUCAAUUGGUGCAGCUGUAGGUCCCUUACUAGCGGCUUAUAUAUCCAACGGUUUUGGUUGGACAAGUGUGUUUUAUAUGCUCAUGGGUUCUAAUGUACUUGCAAUAUUGUUACUGACACGAUUGGUCAAACGUGAAAUCUAUAAUGUUGGCUAGAUAAAAAAAAAAAAACCUAGCACUGAUAAGACUUACAUAAAGAAU